AUGUCCCUGAUCUACACCUUGGUGGGCGCCCCUCCUUCUGCAAUCAUAGAUCUACCUCCCAGGUGGACCAGGCAGGGCCACGACACCCACACUCAUAUAGUCUAUGAUUGCUGCGCUCCAUCCGAUUGUCAAACCGUCGUUUUUUGGGCCGAACACCCUUUGGGGUACAAUAUGCAUACAUUGCAAAUAUCUGGAUCCCAAGAUAUGGCAGACGCGUAUUCUUCCGCUUCGCUAAACGAUUAUUCGCUCCUGAAUUCCUGGGGCAUGUCCAAUCUCAACACGAUAUCGGAGGGCAAUAGUGAUUUUGGCGCCUAUGAGAGCUACGAGGCACCAUAUCCUUACUCUACUCAUACUCACUCUGCGCCUCAUGCUGAAGACGAAGCACAUAUCGCCGCUAACGAAUUGCAUGAUAUCGACGCGCCUCCCGCUUCCGAGAACACCAGCACUCUGCAGGGCAUCAUGACGGUAUACCCGAAGUGGCAGUUGGUCCUGGCCUACCUGCGGCUUUUGAUCAGAGUUGCAAUUCUUAAAGGGGAGUCUGAGAACCCUAAUGACAUCACCAGGACUUCGAGUGCGACGAGAGACGAGUUCAUCCGCCCCCUCUUUGCUCAGAGUCUCGUUCGGGCAAACACACCUGCUGCGGAGUUGGAAAUAGUUGUUUCUACUAAGGACGGCAAUAUCAUAAGUGAGCGCGAGAUCUUGGUUAUGGCCGCCUCGUGGGUGUACAACUUCAUUUAUGACUGUAGGCGCGUAGCGUACGAGGGAAUCAAGCAUCCCCGGGCUGGCUUUGGGUUCGGCGCGAUAUAUGGUGUCGCACUCAAUGCUAGGGUUGAGUUUGUGUUAAAACACUUCAUCCCACCACUUUCCACCCUUCUUCCAAUUGAAAAAAACGGAAUAGUUUGGUUUCUCCAGUCGAGGUUCGCUAAAUCACUCCUCUGGCAUAUCGUUUUUAGGGUCACUAGGCCGCACGGUGCCCGAAUCCACACGUCCCCUAACCUACCACAGGUCGUCGCUGAUCUUGAACCUGAUGCGUUCAAAGGCGCCUCCAACCCGCCAUUAGAAACCCUCGCCUUUGUGGGGUCUUUUUGUUUCCACGCGCUGCUCCGAUUCCUGAAGAGGGCCAUAAAAGCGCACCGCGGUCUUACCUCCAUGGAGGAUUAUCCGACUCCCCGCGAAAUUCAUGACCAAAUAAUUGUAACAAUAAUCAUGUUACUGCAACAGCACGACGACCCAGGACUGCCUUCACUCCAGGCCCAGAUGCUCCAGUUUUGUGACCUUCGCACGAUUGAUGUUGUACGGAUUGUCCGCCAGUAA